CCAAGAGCAAAUUCAAAGCUACCAAAGAUAAUACUUGCAUCAACUUCCAACUUGUUUACAGUCACUGUAAGAUGUAUGUCACAGAUACACAAUAAACGCAUCCAGUCUUCGGAUUUUAUUUAGGGUGGAGAAGGAAAACCGCGACGCAAGUACUUCACGUUGCCACAGGAGUGUAGCCAACAAUCGGGAUUAGUACUUAAAUUAACGUUUUCUGAGCAGCGGAGGGGCUCUGGCAUUGAUUCAGAGAUGUUGAAGGUGAAAAUCAAGACUGAGAAACCAGAUAUCGAAGGAACUGGUGCCCGAGGUCGCUUGGAUUCUGUGCUUCAGGGACUGGUGGAGAAAAGCGAUAAUAAUGACAGAGAUCAGAAUGAAGACGACCCAGGAAAAGCAACAACAGACUCUUUGAGCAAGGACCUUUCACCAUGUUCUGCUGGAAAAAGACCAUCAGCACGAUUUCCCCAGCACAGGAGAAAGAAACGCAAAGAGAUGGAUGACAGCAUUGCUGAGAGUAAUCAGCACAAACAAAAUGCGUACAUCAUUAAGCUGUUCGACCGCAGUGUAGACCUGGCCCAGUUCAGCACCAGCACCCCUCUCUACCCCAUCUGCCGGGCCUGGAUGCGGAAUAAUCCCACAGUACGCGGUCAGUCUUCUUCCCCCAGUCCCCCUCAAAGCAUGUCGGAUGAAGAGGUGGUCGACAUGAUAAAUGGUAAGAGUCAGAGUGUAUUCAGACUUCCGCCACCUACUACAUGUCCCGUCAACUCAUCAGGAGACCCCGUUAAUCUGAGGAUACCACCUGUUGUUAAGGCCAGUCCCACAGAGGGUACAGAUACAGUCUCCAAUGCUACUCCUCUAAUGUAUAACCAUAUGGCUCGAUGGAAGAAAAUCCGACAUAAGUGGAAGGAGUCCUCUAACAAAAACCAGCUGCGAUAUGCCGAAAGCAUUAAGAUUCUGAAGGACAUGUAUGAUCGCUAACAUCAUCAUCAGUGGAGGACGGAGAGUAAAGCAUCUGUAUCAGUCACCACCUUUGCCUAGUGUUCAUAGCGAUGCUUCAUCCCAGACUAGACAAGACAUAGCAUUUCAUUGUGUGGACAAUUGUCUGAUUAAAACAGAUAGUAAUUUAAGUAUAAA